AUGAGACGCGACAACAGAAAGAAGAAGGCCAAGGUCUCUGUCGCCCUUCCAUAUGAUCCUGGAUGUCUCAGGUCACAGACCACGCUCGGCCUCCGGGCCAGGUACAAGAAAAGAGAAGAAGACAUCUUCAAACUCAUCGUCGCUCUCCAUUUGGAUGACCGCAGAGAUGGUAUCAUUACACUCGUCGUCAACUCGCUAUCUGAUGCACAGCAGAUCAGGGAUCAUUCUGAAUUGAUCCACGAUGCUUAUCGGUUUAAUCACCUUCUUUGA